GUCAAAGCAAUUCAUGUGUGCUGUCAUGCUGAUACCCACCCACGUAACGAAUAUGAUUAUGUUCCAUAGCAACAGAGAGUGACAACACAAUCAUUUAGGAAGAGAGGCUCUACAGGAAUUGAUCAAGGAAGAGGGAAAUGUGUGCAGCAAAGGAACUUCCAACUUUAGCUGGCUCUAGAUAUAAGAUAAGGAAGAGAGACAAAAAGAAAAAGUAUGCAUUAGAGGAAGAGCAUGGAGUUAGAUAUGAGACAAAGAAUACAGAUGAAAAAGCCUUGAGUGAGUUUGACACAAAAACAAUGGAUCCUCUUCCAACUUCAAGUACAAGUAAAGUUAAAAACGAUACAAAGACAGAUGAAAAAGCCAAGAGUGAGUUUAGCACGCCAGUAAAGGAGCCACUGCCAGUUUUAAAUGUACCUUAUAAAUUUAAGACAAGGAAGAGAGACGAAAAAGUCAAGUAUGACGCUGAAUCAUUUGCUGAUACUGUCAUUAGUAAACUGAACGAGACUGAUGGAUCACCAGAAGCACUCUCCACUGUUUUAGCUAAAGAAGGAGAGACGCUGGACUAUCGUCGUUAUGCUGAGUCGUUAUUGGAGAUAUUAAUAGCUGGUGGUAUCCUUGCCCCCGGGGGAAAGGUGGAGUCAGACCAGCCCUCAUCAUUCUGUGUGUUCUUAGCCACACCCACCGUCACUGGCUUGAAACUAUACCUGCAAGUUCUCACUAAUCUAUUACGUAGGUAUCGUUACCUUCAAAAGCAAGUUAAAGACACCAUCAGUAAAGUUAUCAAUUAUUUAAAAGCUUUCACUGAACGUCAGAGACAAUGUCUUGCCAUAUACACAGCAUUGUGUAUUACUGAAGGAAUUCUUACUCAAGAUGUUAUUAAUAAUUUAUUUUUAAACGUUCUCUGUGCUGAACACUUAAUGAAGGAGGACCUCGGCCUAUCGUUCACAAUAGUCUUGUUUCGUACUUGGAUUGAAGAGAAAGGAAUCAUUAAUGUAGGAUCAGUAUUGAGGAAGACUAAACUGGAGAAUCAACUACUGAAUAUUUUGCCUCUCUCAAGAAGAACUGAGGAAACUUUUGACAAACACUUCACUGAAGCUGGUCUCCAUGAACUAGUGACGUUUAGAAAAGCUCAACAAAAUAUUAGAAUAAAGAAAAAACUGAAGGGAGAAAUUGAUGAUUAUCUUGAGAAUGAGACGGAGUCCUCCAUUAUCAUUGAUCACAUUCAAGAGGUGCUGGAAUCCUCCACACUAACUGAAGUACAUACAGUGACACUGCUCUGGAAGAGUGUGAUGGAUACUGGGGACUGGAGCAAAGUGGAGGGACAAUCACUCAUUGACCAGCUGGAGAAGCACCUUGAGAAAUAUUCGUCUCUUUUUUAUCCGUUUUGUGAGCGUGGUACCCCACAGCUGAUGCUCAUGAGAGAGAUACAGAGCUAUUGUGCCAAAUCUCCAGUUUUUAUUAACCUAUUCCCUAGAAUAAUAUUAAAUUUUUAUAAAAAGGAUCUGAUAUCUGAACAGGCCAUACUGAAGUGGCAUGAAGAUGCUUUCCUCCCUGAUAAAAAAGAUACUUUUCUAUCACAGAUGAAUAAAAUGGUUGAAUGGCUGAAGACAGCAGAUGAAGAAUCUGAUGAUGAUCAUCAUGGUCAGUAAUAAUUAUUGAAGACUCAAACUGUUGAAGUUCAUGUAUUUUGUUUAUUAAUUAUUAUUUAUCAUAACCAGAUAAUUAAUGAUGUACUUUUAAAUAUAAAUUUUGUCUAUUAAAGGCACAUUUGUUGCAUUGCAUCCCA